UUAAAUAAAUAAUUCCUUUGUUUCGUGUCAGUGUUUCGCGAGUCGUUUAAACUUUUCCCGCUUUGAGGCUGCCUUGUUUGCUUAACAACCGACGAAGUCUACGGUCCCCAGGGAAUUUUACGUCGCCGGGAAGAACGCCGUCGCGUUGGCGAGAAGAUGUACCCAAUGGACCAUGACUUUUGUGUUUAAACCGAGUAAUUGGCCGGGGCGAUGAAAUGAGUGACAUAACGGGCAGAGAAAUUGUGAGAUUUACCAUUCAAACGGACCGUACAAGGAGAUUCUGUUUCUCUUCUUAAAAAAACGGAAAUAGAAACGGAAAAAUGUUUUUGUUCUACUUGAUCGUUAUCGUUACGAACGUGCUGCGUUUCAUACUUCGCCCACUGUUCAAUUAUAUUCAUAGUAAUGAACCGUUGAGAGUACCACCGAUCGCGCAUCCUCUGUUAAAAGUCACCGCGACCACGUUAGCCAGAAGGAUCAGACAGGGACAACUUUCUAGCCAGACCGUGGUGGAAGUAUACAUUCAGCGUAUUAAGGAGGUAAAUCCUAUCCUGAAUGCAGUGGUAGAGGAACGAUUCGAAGCGGCUAUAAACGACGCGAAAAUUUGCGACGAAAAUCUGAAAACUGGGAACGUUAUCCCUGCUAUUCUGGAAAGAGAGAAACCGCUGUAUGGAGUACCAGUCUCCAUCAAGGAAUCCUGUGCCCUCGAAGGAUUGAGUUACACGAGCGGCAGCUUGGCGAGAAAAGGAGUGAAAGCUUCGAAAGACGGAUCAGCGGUGGAAUUACUGAAGAACGCUGGAGCUAUUCCUCUGUGCGUCACCAAUACGCCCGAACAGUGCUCGGGAUAUCAUUCCGCGAAUUUCCUUCAUGGCACGACAAGAAAUCCAUACGACACGAGGAAAUCGGCGGGGGGAUCCUCGGGUGGGGAGGGUGCGUUGAUCGGCGCUGGGGCAUCGAUACUUGGGCUUGGUUCGGAUCUGUUGGGGUCGAUUAGGGUACCCAGCCUCUUCAAUGGUAUUUUUGGUCACAAACCUACACCAGGAAUUAUUCCUAAUCGCGGGCAUAUUCCGGAUUUCAAAAACACAUCGUUGGAAUAUAUGUUCGCCUACGGUCCCAUGGCGAGAUACACGGAAGAUCUUUACUUGGCUAUGAGAGUGCUGAGUUCCGAGUGCGAGACACCGUUGCGUUUAAAAGAGCACGUUGACUUGAAAACUCUACGAGUGUUUUACGCGAACAAUAUCGAUAGCUACUGUUGCUUCGGUUCGACUACGCCGGACAUAAAACAAGCGAUUAAAAAGGCCACGUGUUAUCUGUCGCAGAAUGGUGCACAAGUAGAACAGUUGUCGCAGGAAUGGAUACGCGAUUCGAUCCUCUACGUGCUAUUCACUUUUCUGGCAGACGACGUGCCUCAAGUGCUUCUGGAUCCUAAACAGCCCGACAAAAAGACGAGGGCGAGCCUCGAAAAUUUGAAGGCGAUGUUUGGUUUAUCGAACUUCACGCUGCAGCCUAUCAGUUUCCAACUGCUGGUGGACAAUCGUGGAUUUUGUACACCCGCGGAAAAAGAUAAUAUAAAAUUGUUGACGGACAACAUGCGUCAGAAAAUCAACAAACUGUUAGGCAACGACGGAGUGUUUAUAUUUCCCACGUAUCCCCAAGCGACAGCGGUACCGGAAUUAAUUUUCCUUCAAUCCUUUUUUAAUAAAUAUUGCACGUUCUGUAACGCGUUGCAAUUACCAUCGACCCAUGUUCCAAUGGGAUUGAACAACGACGGUUUACCAAUUGGGUUUCAGGUGAUAGCGGCGUCUUAUCAGGACCGACUUUGCUUAGCAGUGGCUAGGGAAUUGGAAAAGGCCUUCGGGGGUUGGAUACCUCCCACCAGUUGAAUAUUAGUCUCAUCGAUAAGGAAUCUUCGUGUUCUAUCUAGACCAAAAAUCAUUACUUGUAUUAUAUCGUUGUUGUUAGUAACUAAACCUAUCUGUAUAUUUAGACUUCGCGUGGAUAAGUCAUCUAAAAUACAGCAUGUGGGUGGACAAAAACAUUGGAACGUGACGAUUAAUGAUUUGUUUUAUAUAUUUUUCUUUAUUUAUUCGACGUCUUUAUUGCUCAAAAGAAAAGAUACAGAAAUUUUAAAAGAACGAUAAUAUUUGAUAGAAACAGUAAAAAGCGAAGUUCAACGAUAAGACAGCUCUUUCGGUUUGUAUUAUCUUAAAGGUUACGGAAUAAUAUCUGAGAAUAUUUGGAAUAUCUCAGUUUCUUUCGAUGAAACGUUCUGCGUGUUUGUGUUAUUAAUUUUUAAAGAAACAAGGAAAUGAUUCGCAUUUUCUACGCUUGACAAGCAAGUGUCCGGUGACCUAUGGUCGGCAGUUUAUACUCGAAAGUGAGCCCCGGCAAUAGUGAAAGAAGUGGUAGAGGAAACCUCAACGAAGCGAAACGACGAGGCAAAAUGAAAUAUCGUUUUGUACAUGCUACUAAAAGUGCUACAUAGUAGCUAUUCCACGGUAAUAAGUACGAAACAAAAUAAAGCUAUUAUCAUUUGCGCGGUCGUCUGUGAAAUAAACUGAGAAAUAACAGGUUUAUCGUGUAUAUAU